CGUUGAAACCCACCUUCGUCACCGCCAUUGAUAAGCUCUACUGUUUUCGUUCAAUCCAUGGCGACGGUAAAGUAUUCGGGCAUUGAAGCCCUUGAGAAGCUUAAGUCAACAGAACCUCCGGUUUUUCUAGCGCCAAGUUCAAUAUCUGAGGUUGCUCGCGCUGUAUCUCAGUAUCUAUUCACGAAGUUGAAGCCGCAUGACCCUAAAUCUCAACUUGAUCAGCUCUGGGUUGAUGGGUUUGAUACGGAGCAGAUUUGGCAGCAAAUUGAUAUGCAGUCUCAACAUUUGUUGCCAAGCUUGCGGCAGGAAGUUAACAGAUUUGUCAAAAACCCUGAAGAGAUUCGUAAACUUGCGAAUUUGGCCCUUAAGGUUUCUCAUGAAGAUGAUGUUGAUGAGAUGGAUAUGGAUGGUUUUGACUCGGAUGAGGAUAAUGAGCUAGAAUCUAAUGACAGCGAAGCAGAAGAUGAAGAGGAAGAUGAUGAGGAAGAAGAAGAAGAAGAUGACGAUGGAGAGGAAGAGGAAGAGGAAGAGGAGGAGGAAAAGGAUGGAGACAAUGAAGGAAUAGAGGACAAGUUCUUCAAGAUUAAAGAAUUGGAGGAAUUUUUAGAGGAAGGUGAAGCACAAGAGUAUGGGAUUGACUACAAAAACAAAAAAGGAGUGGCAAAGAGAAAGAAUCAAAAUUUGAGCGAUGAUGAAGACGAAGAAGAUGAUGAGGAUGAAGACGAAGAUGAUGAGUUUGAUGCUUUUGCUGGUGGUGACGACGAAGAGGCAGAUAAAUUAGGAAGGGCAAGGUAUGAUGAUUUCUUUGGUGGCAAAAAGAAGGAGACAAAAAUGAAGUUGAAAGAUUUGAGUGAAGAUGAGGAAGCUGAAAGAGAAAACCAAGGCAAUGAAAAACUCUCUACCCAUGAGAAAGCACGACUAAAGCUUCAGUCCAAGAUUGAACAGAUGGAGAAAGCAAACUUAGACCCAAAACAUUGGACAAUGCAGGGAGAGAUAACUGCUGCAAAGAGGCCAAUGAACAGUGCUCUAGAAGUUGAUUUAGAUUUUGAGCACAAUGCCAGACCUGCUCCUGUAAUCACAGAAGAGGUCACAGCCUCGCUUGAAGAUUUGAUCAAGAGCAGAAUCAUUGAGGCUCGUUUCGAUGAUGUUCAGCGAGCACCUAGUCUACCCACUAAAGGAAAAAGAGAAGCCAAGGAAUUGGACGAUAGCAAAAGCAAGAAAGGUCUUGCUGAAGUUUACGAGGCAGAGUACGUUCAGAAGGCUAAUCCAGCUUUUGCCCCAACAACUUUGUCUGAUGAACUAAAGAAAGAGGCAAGCAUGUUGUUCAAGAAACUAUGCCUGAAGUUGGAUGCUCUCUCCCACUUCCACUUCACACCUAAACCAGUGAUUGAAGAGAUGUCUAUACAAAACGUUCCAGCCAUAGCAAUGGAAGAGGUUGCGCCCGUGGCAGUCUCAGAUGCAGCAAUGCUUGCCCCAGAGGAAAUAUUUUCCGGGAAAGGUGACAUUAAGGAUGAGUCUGAGCUCACACAGGAAGAGAGAAAGAGAAGGAGAGCUAAGAAGAAGAGAAAGUUUAAGGCUGAAUCUGCAAAUGAACCGGCCAAAAAGGCGCGGGAUACAAGUGCCGAGAACCCUUGAACUGGCAGUGAAGAAAGAAGAGAGUUACAGAGCCAAAUUGAAGAUGAUAAGAUCUCAGUCAAAAGCAUUGCUACGCUUGAAGAUUAGAUCAAACCACAGUUUUGGAUUAAAGAAAUAUUUAAACUUUGU